AUGUUCCAGGCACCUGAUCUCCGACAAGUCACCGUGUUGACCAAGGCUGAAUGGCAGAGGAUUCAAAAUGAAGUUAAGCAGGGUGAUAGAGACAAGGAGAGAAUGAGAGAGGCAGAGAACCAGAGAAAAGCCCUGCACCUGCAGUCAAAACAGAUGGUGAAAGAGUGGCCAGACACCAUCGCUAAUCAAAGGCAAAAGAAACUGGAGGCGAAGAAGAUCCGGGAACAGAUCGAGGAAGAGAAAAGGAAACAGUUGGAUAUAGAAGAGGCCGAAUACAAUGACCAACAACGUAAAGAGGCCGUUGUGAAAGCCAAGACUCAGCUUUACUAUCAAACCGACCAAAUCAAAGGAUUACAUAGUGCACUCUUGAUGACAGAGGUGUUGAAGGAGAGGGAGGCUCAGAUUGAGCUGAAGAAAAGAAUAAAGAGUGCCUCUAAAGAUGUGGAAAAAGAAUUCAUCAAUUUGGCGGGGACCAGAAAGGACGAAGCUCUGAGAGAGGAGGAAGAGAAGGCAGUCCAGAGGAAGCUUGAGAAACUGGCUAUUGCAGAGGAGCUGAAAAAUCAGAUGAAGAAACAUGAGUUGGCCAGAGAGCGACAAGAGAAAGAGAACAAGAAGGAGGGAGAGGAAAACCUUCGCCGUCAUGAGCUCUAUCUGAUGGAGCAGAGAAUGGAGGAAGAAAGACAGGAAGAGCAGAAGAGAAACCUGAAGCAGGCUCAACUGGACCAUGUCAAUAAAAGAGACAUCAUGAGAGCAGCAGAGGCCCAAAAACAGGCGGCUGAGGAGGAGCAGAGGAAACUGUUUCUCUCUGCGAAACAAAAAAUGAUGAAGUUAAGGAAAGAGAAAGAAACUGAAUUGUUCAGAGAGGCCCAGAGGCAGAGAGAGGGGCUCAUGAAGAAACUGACAGACCAACAGCAGGAGCAAACUGUGAACGAGGAUCAGAGGAUCGCGAAGGCCGCCGCCGAACAGGAGGCCAGACGUGAGCAGCAGCUGAGGGAGGAGGAGGAGAAGAGGGCUGCAGGGUUGAAGUCCAUCGCUGAACACAGAGAACUGAUGAGACAAGAAACGGAGCAAAGGGACAAAGAAGAGCAACAGAGAUCCAAAGACAUGCAUAUAGCCAAGGAAGAGGCUGACAGCAUAUUUUGUGAGAAAGAAAAAGCGAAGGCUCAGAGGAUCAGAGAAGAUCUGAGAAAGAUACAAGACUGCAAUUCAACACGAAUGGCUGCAAAAGCUGCCAGGCAACAGCAACUGAGACGGGAGGAAGAGGAGUUUGAGGCAAAGACCAGAGACCUCAUGGCAGAGGAAGAAAAGCAGUUUCUUAUCUAUUCACACAAGGUCAUCCAUGCAGCAGCAGAGGCUCAGCGAGACGUCUUCCCACUUUGCAAAGCUGCCAGCGAAGGGAUCGGAGGAGGGCUCGGCCCUGUUUUCGGGGGAGUCAGGCCCAGCUACAUGGUUCAGGACCGCAGCGGUGCUCAGAUGCCUAACUACAUCUCUGGUGCUACCCAGAACAUUAAAGAGCUCCACGAGGCAGUAGAUAUCCAAGAAGCAAAGAAGAGACUGGGGUUUAUGUGGGAAGACUAA